CUAUCCCGGAUGCAGGGGACUCCCUCCAUGGGAGGAGAUUCAUCUGAGGAAGAUGAUCCACUGGGCGAGGAGGACCUGCCCAGUGAAGAGGAUCUGCCUGGAGAGGAGGACACGCCCGGAAUGAAGACUGAAGCAGAAGAGGACACCCCGAAGAUAGAGGAUCUACCCACUGCGGCUCCCAGGGCCACUCACGGGAACAACAAAGGGGAUGACCACAGUCAUUGGCGCUAUGGAGGUGACCCGCCCUGGCCCCAGGUGUCCCCAACCUGCGCCGGCUGCUUCCAGUCCCGGGUGGACAUCCGCCCGGAGCACACGGCUUUUUGCCCUGCCCUGGGACCCCUGGAACUCCAGGGCUUUGAGCUCCCGCCUCUCCCUGAACUGCGCCUCCGAAACAAUGGCCACACCGUGCAGCUGACUCUGCCUCCCGGGCUGGAGAUGGCCCUGGGUCCCGGGCGGGAGUACCGGGCCCUGCAGUUGCACCUGCACUGGGGGUCUGCGGGUCGCCCCGGCUCGGAGCACACGGUUGGCGGCCACCGUUUCCCUGCCGAGAUCCACGUGGUUCACCUCAGCACUGCAUUUGCCAAAGUCGAGGAGGCCUUGGGGCGCCCAGGGGGCCUGGCCGUCCUGGCCGCCUUUCUGCAGGAAGGCCCCGAAGAAAACAGCGCCUAUGAGCAGCUGCUGUCUCAUUUGGAAGAAGUCGCCGAGGCAGACUCAGAGACUUGGGUGCCAGGACUGGACGUAUCUGCACUGCUGCCCUCGGAUCUCAGCCGCUACUUCCGAUAUGAGGGGUCUCUGACCACACCCCGCUGUGCCCAAGGGGUCAUCUGGACUGUUUUCAACCAGACAGUGAGACUGAGUGCUAAGCAGCUCCACAGCCUCUCUGACUCCCUGUGGGGACCUGAGGGCUCUCGGCUACAGCUGAACUUCCGAGCCACGCAGCCUUUGAAUGGGCGAACGAUCUGGUCUGUCCUGCCUCUUACACCACUUCCUUUUUAG